AUGGAGUAUCACACUCUCGGAAGGUUUAGCGACAUCGUCAAGCUUUGUAGAAAAGACGUCAACUACGUCACGGACCCUUCGCCCCAUCUGAGGAUUUUAUUCAAAGGUGGGAAGAACGACCAGUAUACCGAGGGUGGUGAGCGUGUAGUAGCCUCAAAUCCAGACGUUAAACGCUGUCCUGUUCAGCUUACGUUGAACUAUUUCCGAUUCCUUGGCCUUUCCUACGAUGGUUAUCUCGUUCCUUUGUGUACUGCCAAAAAUUCCCCAAAUCCUGCCAAAUCUGUACCGUACAGUGGGGCUUUGACUGACCUGAAGAAGUUGAUGAACUUGUUGGGUUACGACGAGAAACUCUACGGUGAGCAUUCUGGAAAGAGAGGUGGAGCGACUACAGCAGCAGCUCAUGGAGCUACUGACAAACAGCUGAAACGUCUGGGAGGGUGGCGUUCCGAUGCAUUGCUCGCCAAAUAUGUUGAUCUCUCCAUCCCAAGUCGUCUCUCUAUGUCGGAGUUGUUGCAAAAGAAAGUUUGA